AUGCAUUUCGCCCAAGCUGUGGCUGUCGCAGCCUUGGUGCUGUCUGGAGUUAGUGAUGCCGUCGCCGUCAACCCGCUACCCGCCCCAAGAUCGAUCAGCUGGGGAAAAUCAGGUCCCCUAUACCUCGCUCCCUUCGUCAGAUACAGUGGAACACGCGACCAGAACCUCCAGGAAGCCUGGCGCCGUACCUUCAACACCAUAGUCAAGCUUCGCUGGACGCCGGCUGUGCCUGACGUUCCAUUUCCUACUUUCGAUCCCUUCCCGACCCCAAAAGCUAAGCGCGAUGAUAUCGGUUACAGAAACUCGAUAGGCCAGGUUAACGUCAAAGUAGAAGAUACCAAGGCAAAGCUGUCCCAUGGCGUGGACGAGUCUUACACAUUGGAGAUCAAGGAUGGAUCCAGCAGUAUCGAUAUCACUGCCAAAACAGUCUGGGGUGCCCUCCACGCAUUCACAACUCUGCAGCAGAUUGUCAUUGCCGAUGAACAGAGUGGGCGACUGUCCGUUGAACACCCCGUCAUGAUCAAAGAUCAACCUUUGUAUCCUAUCCGAGGUAUCAUGGUUGACUCUGCUCGCAAUUUCAUCAGCGUGGACAAGAUCAAGGAGCAACUCGAUGCAAUGUCCUUGUCAAAGAUGAAUGUCCUUCACUGGCAUUUAACCGAUACCCAAUCUUGGCCAAUCGAGAUCAAGAAAUAUCCCCAGAUGACCAAGGACGCUUACUCUCGACGAAUGACCUAUACUCACGGAGAUGUCAAGGAUGUCAUUGGCUAUGCACGCGCGCGCGGAAUCCGUGUCAUACCAGAGACUGACACUCCUGGCCACUCCUCGUCCGGCUGGAAACAGAUUGACCCGGAUCUUGUCUCUUGCGCUAACUCCUGGUGGUCCAACGAUGACUGGCCAAAGCACACUGGUGUUGAGCCAAAUCCAGGCCAACUUGAUCCCGCAUACGACAAGACCUAUGAGGUUAUCGAGAAUAUCUACGGAGAAUUGUCCGAUCUCUUUGAGGACGAGAUGUAUCACAUUGGUGGUGAUGAACUGCAGCCGAACUGCUACAACUUCAGCUCUCAUGUCACUAAAUGGCUCGCUGAAGAUGCCUCCCGAACCUUCAACGACUUACUACAGUCAUACGUCGACAGGCUGUUCCCAGCCUUGAAGAAGCGCAAUGACCGCCGCCUAAUCGCCUGGGAAGAUAUCUUCACUUCUGAGCAGAUGCACGCAAAGAAAGUACCAAAGGAUACCAUCAUGCAGUCCUGGAAUAAGGGCCUCGAAAACCUCAAGCUUCUUACGUCGAACGGCUUCGAUGUCAUCGUCUCCUCGGCCGAUUUCUUCUAUCUUGACUGCGGAAACGGCGGCUGGGUCACCAACGACCCUAGAUAUAACAUCAUGGAGAACCCAGACAGCAAGACUCCAAACUUCAACUACCUCGGAGACGGCGGUUCGUGGUGCGCCCCAUACAAGACCUGGCAGCGUAUCUACGAUUACGACUUCACCGAUGGCCUCAACGACGAGGAAAAGAAACACAUCCUAGGCGGCAUUUCGCCUCUCUGGUCCGAACAAGUAGACGACGUUAUCAUCUCUUCGAAAUUCUGGCCCCGUGCCGCUGCUCUCGCCGAGCUGUUUUGGUCCGGCAACAAGGACGAUAAGGGUCAGAAGCGAACAACGCAAAUGUCCAACCGUAUCCUAAAUUUCAGAGAAUACCUCGUUGCCAAUGGAGUUGGUGCCGCUCCUCUACAGCCUAGAUAUUGUCUCCAACACCCACACCAUUGCGAUCUCUUCUUGAACCAGACCGCUAUUGUGUAA